CUAGCCAGCAGCAGGUAGUACCUUGGCCAAACGACUUAGCUAUCAAGCUCGACCGAAGCUAAGCUACCAAGCUAGUAGCCUUCUUGGUCACGUACCGGCCGUUGUUGAUUGCAGCGGUCAAGCACACACAAGCUAGGCAGCUAGCUAGCUAGAGCUAGGGUCGUCGGAUAGAUCGACAUGGCCGGCAGGGACAGGGAGCCGCUGGUGGUUGGUAGGGUGGUCGGCGACGUGCUGGACCCCUUCGUCCGGACCACCAACCUCAGGGUCAGCUACGGGGCCAGGACCGUGUCCAACGGCUGCGAGCUCAAGCCGUCCAUGGUGGUGCACCAGCCCAGGGUCGAGGUCGGGGGACCUGACAUGAGGACCUUCUACACCCUCGUGAUGGUGGACCCGGAUGCUCCGAGCCCAAGCGACCCGAACCUUAGGGAGUACCUACACUGGCUGGUGACGGAUAUUCCGGGAACUACUGGGGCAGCAUUUGGGCAAGAGGUGAUCUGCUACGAGAGCCCUCGGCCGACCAUGGGGAUCCACCGCUUCGUGCUGGUGCUGUUCCAGCAGCUGGGGCGGCAGACGGUGUACGCCCCGGGCUGGCGCCAGAACUUCAACACCAGGGACUUCGCCGAGCUCUACAACCUGGGCCCGCCCGUCGCCGCCGUCUACUUCAACUGCCAGCGUGAGGCCGGCUCUGGGGGCAGGAGGAUGUACUCGUGAUCGGAUG